AUGACUAGACCUCAAAGCGUCAAAGACUUAUGCAAAAAGAUUAAAGACGAUCUUUCAUUUAAUAAAGAAGUAAAGGGAAUUAAUUUUGAAAGGAGAUGGAACUUUGCGAAGAUUAUAAAGUCAUUUGAGACAACUGGAUUCCAAGGAUCGAACCUAUACAGGGCCAUAGAGGAGGUUGAGAGAAUGAAAGGCUCGAAGAUAUUUUUUGGAUGCACCAGUAAUAUCGUCAGCUCUGGGCUCCGAGACAUAAUAGCCACACUAGUGAAGAGGAAGCACGUUCAUGUUCUUGUGAUAACAGGAGGAGGAAUAGAGGAGGACUUAAUCAAGACAUUUAAGCCAACGUUCUGUGGGGACUUUAAGCUCAGCGGAAAAGACCUCAGAGAAAACGGGUUAAAUAGGAUAGGGAAUCUUGUCAUUCCAAGUACAAACUAUGAGUAUUUUGAGGAGUGGCUAAAUCGGAUUAUAAAUGACAUAACCGAGGGAUAUACAGAAGAACGGCCAAGAAUAUUGACGCCGUCUUCCUUUAUAAAGAUAUUGGGAGAGAGGAUAAACAACAAGUCUUCAAUACUUUAUUGGGCUGCAAGGAACGACAUACCCGUGUACUCUCCAGCAAUUAUAGAUGGGUCAAUAGGUGACAUACUGUCGUUCCAUCCGAGAAGGAAGAUACUGAAGCUAGACAUCGUUGAGGAUGUAUACAAUAUAAACUGUGAAACCAUCUUCUGUGGGAACACUGGUGCGAUUAUACUGGGGUGUGGGGUUGUGAAGCAUCACAUCCUCAAUGCCAAUCUGUUCAAGAAUGGACUUGAACAUUGUGUCUUGAUCAACAACGCUCAGGAAUUUGAUGGAAGCGAUGCAGGCGCCAGCCUGGAUGAAGCAGUCAGUUGGGGAAAGGUCAAGCCUGGCACAAGCGGUGUCAAGGUGUUUGGAGAUGCAACAAUACUGUUUCCGCUGAUUGUUGGGGCCACGUUUAUGAAGAAAAGCAAGAAACAUCAUUCUGAGAAGAAAUAA